AUGAGCUUCCAAAACUUUCUACCGCGCCAAAAUGGCUUCCUCUUCAUCUUCUUCCCUCCUCUCUCCGUCUCCGUUCCUCUCCCGGAACCAUGGCUUCUUCUUCUCUCAUCCUUCCGGCCGACGUAUAUCAAUCUGCAAAUCGGAGUACAGCUCCAGUCUUCCAGCAGUUCGUUCGCGCCAGAUAUCCAACAUUCCGAGGAAUGGCGACGUGAAUUCCUAUUCUGCAUCCAUAAAGGCCGAAUUAUUUCAGCAGAGGGAGCCCAUGGUUCCUCCUUAUAACGUUUUGAUCACCGGCUCUACCAAAGGAAUAGGAUAUGCAUUGGCUAAACAGUUUCUGAAAGCAGGUGACAAUGUUGUAAUCUGUUCACGAUCAGCUGAGAGGGUAGAAUCUUCUGUUCAAAGCCUGAGAGAAGAAUUUGGGGAGCAGCAUGUGUGGGGUACUAAAUGUGACGUACGAGAAGGAGAGGAUGUAAAGAAUUUAGUCACAUUUGUGCAGAAAAAUCUUAAAUACAUUGACAUAUGGAUCAAUAAUGCAGGAUCAAAUGCUUAUAGCUUUAAGCCUUUGGUUGAGGCUUCAGAUGAGGAUCUCAUUGAAGUUGUCACUACAAAUGCUCUUGGUUUGAUGAUAUGUUGCCGAGAGGCAAUAAAGAUGAUGUCAAACCAACCUCGAGGGGGUCAUAUUUUCAACAUUGAUGGGGCUGGUUCUGAUGGACGACCCACCCCUAGGUUUGCUGCCUAUGGGGCAACCAAAAGAAGUGUUGUUCAUUUAACGAAGUCAUUACAGGCGGAAUUGCGGAUGCAGGAUGUGAAAAAUGUUGUAGUGCACAAUCUUUCGCCUGGGAUGGUUACAACUGAUCUUCUCAUGUCUGGUGCUAAUACAAAGCAGGCGAAAUUUUUCAUCAAUGUCUUGGCAGAACCACCUGAAGUGGUCGCAGAAUACCUUGUUCCAAACAUAAGAUCUAUCCCAACCAAUGGUUCAACAAGGCCCACGUACAUUCGUUUCCUCACUGGACUGAAAGCUUAUUCCCAGAUAUUUUCAAGACUUGCCUUUGGUGCAAGAAGAAACAAAUAUCUUCUAGAAGAUUGAUAACAACUUUGAAGUACAAUCUCCGAUCCUCAUGUUGGACCAGUUGGACUGUUCCUAAAAGACGACCCCAGGAAAUGAUGCCCUGUCCUCUUCGAUCUUUUUUCCCUUUUGAAAAACUGUCUUUUAUUUGAUUUACUCAUUAAAUGGUUAAUUGUAAUUUAUUAUUGAUAUCUACUUCGAAUUGUAGCAUUAUUAUUUUUUACCAGAACCAGCUUUUGUUCCAGAACAUUUGCCUUUUCACAAAGGCAUAGAUGGUUAUUUGGCCAACAUGGUCGCUCCUAAAAGGUCCUCGUUCUAAUCUCCACCUACGGUUUUUUAUUUGUGAUGUAACGUUGUAAAAUAAUUGAGAUUUAAGCCUUACACGAAUUCUUUAGAGCAA